UACGUGGAGCUACGGUCACCUUACCAGGAAGCGAUUGAUUAACUCGCUCUCACGGAGGAACAGCAGCGCACUUUCCCGUUUCAGAAAGAUUUUGUUCUGAGCACCCUGAGAUGCUGAAAUGAAGAUUGAUGAAAAAGUCCUCACCUAUUUUGAAUCUUGUAACUCACCUGUGGAUAAGGAGGGAUACCUUUACAAGAAGGGUGAGAUCAAAACUUCCUAUCAGAAGCGCUGGUUCGUGCUGAAGGGGAACCUCCUUUUCUACAAGGAACGGCAGACCGAACGGGAUCUGAUAGGAGUGAUUGUUCUGGAGGGCUGCACCGUCCAGCUGUGUGAGUCUGAGGAGAAUUUUGCCUUCUCGCUGGUGUGGAGCGAGCCGGGGCUGCGGACGUACAAGUUUGCCGCAGAGGACCAGGCCAGUCAGGAGAGCUGGAUCAAAGCCCUGCUGUCAGCCAGCCACAGCUACCUGGCCCUGCUUGUAAUGGAAAUGGAGUCGAAGUACAAAGAUGCACUGGGUGCAUUCUAUGGUCAACCGAGCAAACCUUUCAUCAUGCCAAAAUUUGACACCGUCCAGCAUCCGGCAGCCUUUGUGAGCACAGACACUUUAAACCCAUCUUUGUAUCCAGCACCAGCGCUGGGAGCAGCACCUAGCCCGAACUCCAGUCCAAAUCUACAAGCUCUAACCAUUUCGUCCAAAAUGUCUAACAAGAAAUCACCCAAACUGCGGCCGAAGAAGAAUGCCAAUGCGGUGUCUGUGUUUGAUCCAUAUCUGGCCAUAGGGGAGGAGUCAGAGUGUGACUUUAGCCAACUGCAUGAAGAUUAUGGAAAGGAAGUAAGGGAACUGAUUGCCACGUGGUCAAAGAGAAGACACGCCGGUGCAGAAGUUCAGGAAGAAAACUUGAUAGAUUUUGGAUGAUAAAUGUUGAGUUCACUCAGUUCCCAAACCUUAAUUUAUAUAGCAUGUUUGCAUCACAAAGCUAUUAUGGAUUAGAAAUGCAUUGGUGAUAUAUAGUUGAUGUUCUUGUAUUUGUUUUCCCAGAAACAUACUGUUUCUUAUUUUACUUACACUG